CGUUAUUGUUGUCCUCGUUACUUGCUAUUGUUAAAAGCUUUGUCACCGUCGUUCACGGAGGAAUUGCUGUGGAGGGCUGUGAAGUGGGCAAAGGAGCUUCCGAAAACCCUACCAAGUCAUAAAAGUCCUGAGGUUUUCCUUACCGUGGGCCGCCUACCAUCAUGGGAGAGAUUAAAAUCUCUCCAGACUAUAACUGGUUUAGAAGUACAGUUCCUCUUAAAAAGAUUAUAGUAGAUGAUGAUGACAGUAAAGUUUGGUCGCUCUACGAUGCAGGACCUCGAAAUAUCAGAUGCCCUCUUAUAUUUCUUCCACCUGUCAGCGGAACUGCAGAUGUGUUCUUUCAGCAGAUUUUAGCCUUGUCUGGUUGGGGUUACAGAGUCAUUGCUCUGCAGUAUCCAGUUUACUGGGAGAUCUUUGAGUUCUGCGAUGGAUUCAGAAAACUGUUAGAUCAUCUACAACUGGAUAAAGUUCACCUCUUUGGUGCUUCUCUGGGGGGCUUCCUUGCUCAGAAAUUUGCAGAGUAUACUCAUAAAUCUCCCAGAGUGCAGUCCCUGGUUCUAUGCAAUGCUUUCAGUGACACCUCCAUCUUCAACCAGACCUGGACAGCAAACAGUUUUUGGUUACUGCCUGCUUUUAUGCUGAAAAAAAUAGUUCUUGGGAACUUCGCAUCUGGCCCAGUAGACUCUGAAAUGGCUGAUGGAAUUGAUUUCAUGGUUGAUCGGCUGGAAAGCCUGGGCCAAAGUGAGCUUGCCUCAAGACUGACCCUCAACUGCCAGAAUUCCUAUGUGGAGCCUCAUAAAAUUCGAGACAUUCCAGUCACUAUCAUGGAUGUGUUUGACCAGAGCGCUCUUUCCACUGAAGCAAAAGAAGAGAUGUAUAAACUGUAUCCUAAUGCCAGGAGAGCUCAUCUCAAAACAGGGGGCAACUUUCCUUAUCUCUGCAGAAGUGCUGAAGUCAAUCUCUAUAUCCAAAUACACUUGCUUCAGUUCCAUGGUACCAGAUAUGCUGCAAUUGAUCCUUCCAUGGUCAGCGCAGAAGAACUCGAAGUCCAGAAAGCCAGUCUCCAACCCAGCAAUGAGCAAGAACAGGAGGCAUUGUAGUUCUUGGACUUGAAGGUUUACUCCUUUGAGCGGUCGUCUUCCCUUACAACUGCAUCUUUGCAACCUGCCUUUGCUUUACUGCUAAACUGGGUCAAACUGUGUCCUGAAAGAAGACUGGGUUGAUUUCAUUAAUUGAAAUACAAGCAUGGACACUUCUUCAUAUCCCUAUUGACAUGCUUAAUUCAGAUGGUAAAAGUUAAGGAUGUGACCUUGGAAGACUCAUUUAAGACAAUUUUUUGCUACCAAAGCCUUUAUGAUUGUGUUCUUAUAAAGAAUAACAUUUUAAAAAUAUAUUAUAUCCAUGCAGAGAGGAAUAUGUGUGUAUGUAUAUAUCAUGAGCAAAUUGCAUAUGUCUGGAAAUUCAUUUAUAAUUUGAAUAUUUAGUUUACAAAACUAUGUUGAAGUGCCAAUGUUGCUAUUAUUUUUCUUUAUGUAGUUGCAACUUACUGACUUUGUUUGAGAUCAAAACAUUCUCUCUCUUUUUUUGUAAAUCCACCUUGCUAUCUAAAUAAACUUUUUGAAUAAAAUCACA